CAGGAGAUGUUUCCCUGUAAACAGUGCCAGGACGUGCUUAAUAACUCAUGAAACUUCCUGCUAACUCACAGCAGAUGCAAGACCAGCUCAGAAGAAGCUGUAUGAGAAGGACUUCUACAUUGUGGUUUUAUCUCUGACUUCAUCAUGAGGUUUCUGGUUUCACAGCCUCUGCUGGUGUUCAUAUCAGUCCUGUCACUGACCAGAACACAAUCAACAUCUGCACCAAUAACAUUAUCAACAGAAGGCAUUACAACAACACCUGAACCAAACACAACAACAUUACCAGAAACCACUACAGAAACUACAUCAGUCACACCAGAAACUACAACAACACCUGCACCAACAACAACAUUGACAGAAACCACUAUAUUAGCAACGACAUCAUUCACGGCAGAAAGUACAACAGCUGUACCAUCACCACCACUACCACCACCAACAACAACAACAUUAGAAACCACUACAGAAACUACAUCAGUCACACCAGAAACUACAACAACAACUGCACCAACAACAACACUGAAAGAAACCACCACAGUCUCAACAACCGCUGCAACAACAACUCCAUGGACAGCACCAGCAAUAUUUUAUCCAUUCGGCGCGAAGGCAGGGGACAUUAAAAUUCUUGAAAAUGGUGGUGAUACCUACUACCAUGUUGUCUUCUCCACCCCAUUUACAUACUUUGGCCGCACAUACAACAGCAUAUACGUUAAUAAUAACGGACUCCUUACAUUUAACCACUCUCUACCAGAAACAAACCCUUACCCUUUUCCCGCAUAUGGAGCUGUAGAUUACAUUGCUCCGCUCUUGACUGACCUUGAUGACCUUGGUAUAGGUAAAUAUUCAUAUCAGGAGUACACCAGUGGAAGUGUUCUCACUCGUGCCACUCAGGAUAUAAACCAGUAUUUCCCUGGAAGGGACUUCACUGCUUCUUGGGUCUUUGUUGCAACAUGGGACUAUGUGCUUACAUGGGAUAUGAAUGUAUUUAAUCAACACUCAGGCCCGGCAAUCACAGUUCAAGCGGUUUUAAUUUCAGAUGGUGGUUUUUCUUACAUUCAGAUACAUUAUGGUGACUGUGCUGGGAUACCAGAUGCAGUGGGGGCUGGAUAUGACACAAAAGGCUCCACUGACUACUAUCAAAUUCAUUAUGAUCCAUAUGGUGGCUACUCCAUCCCGAACCUCAAGAACACGACUAACGUAGGUGUUCCGGGGCGUUGGGCCUUUCUUGUGAACAACGGAUCAGAAACCGUCAUAGGAGUUCAAAUGAAACUUCAGUCAUUUUCAAACCUAACACAGAGAGAAAACAGUGAUGCUGUUUUGCAGAUAAUAAAACAAGAGCUGAUCAAAUAUGGAGUGUCAAGUAAAUUUGAGCUAAAGUUAAGAAAACUCCAAAAGAUAAAUCCUUAAUACAUGGAUGGGAAUUAAAACUUGAUCUCAAUGCUGUUGCUAUUGAAGAUGUAGAAACUGAUGUAGAAACGAGAGGAAUGUCACUCUACAGGAAGGGACCCUUUAUGUUUUUUCACUCUUCAACAUCAUUAAUUUUUUUAACACAUUAAUCACUGAUGCACACAUAUGAUUCAGCACAAAUAAUAAAAUGAUGUAUAAAAAUGAGUUAUAUAACAUGUUCAUUUAGCUUGAAUAAAUUGUGCUUUUUAUUCUCCCUGUUUUAUCUAAUCAAACUGAUCUGUAGUAUUUGAAAAAUGAAAUUAAACCUGUUCUUCUACAUCUCCAUUUACUAGAAACAUUACUCAUCCAAAAUUCCUUCACGUAAUCGACUUACUGUGAAAAGGAUGUUACCAGUACUUUAGUACAGCAGUUUUCAGUUGGUUUUGCACAGAUGGAAACAUAAUGUGCAAACUCCUCAUAAUUAAUGUAGUCUGGGUCAUCAUUUUAAAGUUUUGUUUAUAGUUUUUGAGGAUGAAUGCAUGUCAUACAACCUGUUUAUGUUGGCACCUGUCUAACUUGUCUUUCUUCUGCCACAUUAAAGAUGGUUUGAUGCCAAAAUAGUGUAGAGUUUGAUUUGAUGCCCAGCCUUUGACAUCAAUUACAAACAGUACAGGAAGCUUUUUCUCCUUUCUUUUUCAAAGUUCUGCUGUUCUGUUCCAAACUGCUUUUAUUAUCACUAAUAAAUGAUAUACUCAAAA